AUGUCAAAAGCACUGGUGGGCGAGGUGUAUGCCAAAGUCAUCAACGAUGUCUGUGAGUGGUCUCGACAGGAUUUCGAAGAGGGAGGCGUGGAACUGGCGACUCUAGAUCUGCUGAAGUCGGAAUGGCAGAAGAAGCUGUCUGGUCUUAAGGUGGCACAACUUCCAUGGGACCCUCCUCCACCGCCCGUCGUGAAAGACCAACCGACUCUGCCCAGCAACGCCAAACCCAUCCCUCCCACUCUUCCCAGCAAUGGCAACAGUGUCAAGAACGCACCUCCACCUCAACAGUCUUCUCCCGCUGUGGCUCCCGUCAAGGCCGAAAGUAAUAACGCUACCUCGCAUCCUCCCCCUCAUGCACCCGUUCCACAACAGUACCAAGCUCCUUCGUUCCAGCAAGGGGAGCCGAUGACGGCACGUGAUCGAGCCGCGAUGAAUCUACAUCAGAGCUUUGGACAACGAGCUGGACCCCAGAUCGCACAACUCCAGUCUAACCAGCAACCGAAGUUGCAGUCCCCUGGGGUACAGUCCUCACCAUACAUCAAGCAGGAAGACGGAGGACAACAGUCUUUCGCAGGAGUCCAAGACUACCCAGACGACGUUAAACCACAGAUAUCCGCCCCACUUAAGUCAAGCCAGACUGACGGAGCUGGAGAAGAUCGCGACACAUGGGAUGCUGAGUACUCUCGCCGCAAAGCACUAGCUGCGGCACACGGCGUGGAAGCCGAUAAUUUGAUGCGAGCACAGUUUCUGGCGAAACAACGAGAGCUGGAAGGUGGCGGUCUACUGCUGAAUCUCGACGAACGCGCCCCAGCGCCUAGCAAGGCUGUGUCCCGGAAGCUCAGGGAUCUCAACGGUGAAGGCACAUCCGGUAGCAAUAUUCCCUCCAUCACACGUGCUCAGGGCGACGCUGGAGGCGAUGAUGACGACGAUGAAGAAGACGAAGAUGCCAUCAACUCAGACCUCGACGACCCAGAUGAGCUGGCGGCGAAUGCUGAAGACGGUGACAACACUGACCAAGUCAUGCUGUGUACCUAUGACAAGGUCCAGCGCGUCAAGAAUAAGUGGAAGUGUACGCUAAAGGAUGGCAUCUUUCGCGUCGACGGCACCGAGUACGUCUUCCACAAAGGUCAAGGCGAAUUCGAGUGGUGA